AUGGGUUGGUGGAAUUCGAAAACAAAAGACUCUGAUUCGAAAGACGAGAAAGGGCUUGUUCCGACCACUCCGAAUUCCCCAAUUCCUUCAUCAGCGCACGAUGCAACGGAUACGACGAGCCACACACCAUCGGUGGACAAGCUGGACCACUUGAUGGAAGAUAUUGCCGAGGGCCACACCGCCGAUUCGACGGAGAGCAACAUCAGAUACGCAGCCUACACCAACCGUAUAAGAACCGUACUGUCGUCGGCGCAUAGAUAUGUCGCAUACACCUCGGAUAUCGGCGAAUCAUUUCGACCAGUCGCGCACCCGGGGCUCGUCCGGGCGGCCUACGGUGUAUCAUGGCUCUACAUCUUAGGUGACGUCUCGUAUGAAGGCUACAAAGCCUAUCUGCAGAACCAGCGUAUACUCAGAGGACUUCCUACCGCGGACGGAACAAACGAUUCGAAACCGGGCGUACCUGGAGUCGUUUCCCCGCUGCAGGAUUACCGAACCGUCAUGGUUCAGCGAGCGGUCUUCCAGAGUCUUGCCAGCAUGGGCCUUCCCGCUUUCACGAUACACUCAGUGGUCAAGUACUCGGGGAAAGCUAUGAAAUCGCUCAAGAACCAGAGGCUCAAGACUUGGGGACCCAUUGGUCUGGGACUUGGUGUAGUUCCCUUCCUUCCGGCUAUUUUCGACGAGCCCGUUGAGAAUGCUGUCGAAUGGGCGUUCCAUGAAGGGUUCAAGGCGUAUGGAGGUCCCGACUAUGUGGGCCAAGCUCCAACUACUGGAAGAGAGCACUUACUGGGGAAGAAGCCCACCAAAGAGAGCGAUGAAUAA